AUGACACAUGCCAUCAUAGCGAUUUUCACAACAAAUGCGAAUGGACAGCAGAAGCAUCAUUCAUUGUUGAAAAUUAUGAACUGUUUUAAUAGCGCGUUGUUGACUAGAGAAGUCAUCGUUGUUCACAAAACGCUAACAAGACGAAACAAAAAUCCUUGCAGUAAUAAGCAGAAGGCAAUAGGCAAUCGUAAGCUCAUGGUCUAUACGGAUUCGAACCGUAGAAUAAAGACAUUGACGAUGCUUCAACUUCUGGUUGUUUUUCGUAGUCAAACAUCGACGCUAUUUUGCUAUUGA